UGCCAAAGGCGUAUCUUUAGCACCAUGGUGAACGCCCCUGAGAACGAGAAAGCGAAGCGCUACAUACAGCAAUUGGACGAGGCCAGAUGCGCCGGGCGAUGGAGCGACGUCCCCGAGCUGUGCAGGAAGGUCGAGAAGCACGCGCCGCACCGCAAAUGCCUCACGCUUACAGCGCGCUCCGAGGCACAGAUAGCUGCCUACAGCUCCCAGCGCCCUUCGACGGCCUCUUCGACGGCCUCGACGGGCCUGUCCAACAUCGUCCCCGCCCUCCUCACCGCCAUCGACGACGAAGGAACCCACGAGCAGGAUGCGUUCCAGGCCACCGUCUGCCUUGGAUGGACGCAUUAUGUCCUCGACGAGCCCAGCCUGACAGUCGAACGGCUUCCCAAGGACUUUGGGGCAGUGGCGACGGAGCUGUCGGGCGAGGCAGGCACACUGCAUGGAUGGUCUAGGGUGUGCCUCGUCAAGGGGACGUUUCUUCGAGGUUCCGCACUCGAGAAGACUGGCGCAGUUGGCGAGGCAGUUACGGCCUACUCGUCCAUCAUGCCCUGGCUAUCCAGCACUUCGACACCAAACACCGAAUCAGCCCAGUUCCACAUGUGGGGCGAGCACUCCAUUGUCCGCCUCUGCCAGCUCUCCGACCAGUCUGCCGACACUGGUGAGAGCAUCAACGCCUUUGAUGCUCUACGCACGUACCGUUACUGGGCCAAGUUCUGGGAUGCCUCCAAGAACAGCGCUUCCGAGGCCGAUGACGCUGCACGACACCGCCGAUUGGCAUGGAAGGCAUACUACGACUCACUGUCGACAAUCCUGCGUCGCAAUCUGCCAUACGAGCCCGAUACUACGCCGGCACUUGCAGAGAAGCCUUCUCCCAACCCUCAAUCGGACAUGCGACUGAGGCAGCGGGCAGAACUGAAGCGAGUCGAGGCGGUGUACGAGAACUUGUUGAUCAAGGAGACAAAGUUUCCCAAGGCCAGCGAAACCAACCACGAAGUCGAAUCGUGGGUGGACUCGGUCAUGGACAAUUGGCGAUUGCUCUGUGGCCCAACGUGGACAGACGAGGAUCUUGGCGAAGGGGGCAAAGAAGGUGUUGCUCGGGGCGUGCUCGAUAUUCUCUAUCGUGCAGCUACCAAGACAUAUCACUCGACGCAAAUAUUGCGCAACCUGUUCGUCGUGCACGCGUCCCUGGCCGAGCCUGAGCUGGCGUACAAGGCCUACGACGCCUACGUAGAGAUCAUCACGCGAAACAAGGAUCGUGAAGAGAAGACUGGAGAAUUGGAAGCCGGCAUCGACGAUGAUAGUACGGUGCUGAGAACGUCCGCAGAAGCCAUCAGAAUGCUGUGCCGCUGGGGAGACAGGAAAGAAGCCGAGAAGGCCCUCGAGAUUAGCCACAGUAUGGAGCACUGGCUCGAGCAGGCAGAGCACCGGCGAACGACAUCUGACGUAGGCACUACCACUUCGGCUGUCGUUGCAGUCGAGCCUACAGCACUGGCAGCGGCCUAUUGUGCCAUUGGCGUCAGUCAAGCUCAUUGGGCGCGGCUGACGUACGAGGUCGAAACACGCUCCAACAUCCAAGCCAAAGCCAUCCAGUACCUUCGAAAGGCACUUGCACCAAGCCUGGGUGACGAAAACAACGUGGAAGCUCUUUAUGCGCUGGCUUUGACACUGGCCGAAACAAGGGAUAUUCCAGGUGCAAUCAAGGUCGCCAAGCGUGCGCUUUCCCCGGCAACAAAAGGCACAGCACUCAGCGCCGAUGGGGUUCUAUCUGAUGGGAUUGCCAGCGAAUUCGGCCGGGAGCGCAAAUUGAUACCAGUCUGGCACCUUUUGGCCUUGUUGUUGACAUCACGAUCUGAUUUCGCUGCUGCUGAGCGAGCUUGUGACGCCGCUUUUGAGCAAUUUGGGGAUCCUGCCGUCUUGUUUGGUGGUAGUGAUUCUGGCGCCUACCGUAGCCAGCAUUUGAAUGACGCUGCUGGCCACGGCAACCCGGACUCGGGUGUUGUGGACCGCAUGGAACGCUUCGAGAAGAACAACAUCCUGCAGAUUAAGAUCACGCAGUUAACCCUGCUCGAAAUCACCGACGGUGCUUCUGUUGCGGUAGAUGGAUGUGACGAACUGCUUGCUUUAUAUGGCCGACUCUUUGGUGACCCAGCAGCAGAGGUGAUCAAACCACCGACUCCUCCUGCAGCUCUAGCGCCCCCGAAGACUGCGAUGGCUACUGGGCGAGGAAGCAUCUUCCGUGGGCGAGGUUCGGUCAGGACCCAGCAGGAAAACAUUGCUCGCAAUGCAUCCGCUGUCAGCUCCAAAACGGCCACCACGCAAGCAGACCAGGGCCCAGCCAUCCAAGUCAACAACAACGAAAACGCGACUGAUGCAGGCUCUCAUCACCGACAUCAUUUGUUCCACCACAAGCAGGAUGAUGGCCAAGCUGGCGUUACGUCGAGCCCGAACAAACUACACAAGCCGCGUUCGACGAGUGUUGGUAGAGAAUCUAUCCCGGAAGUUCCGCCGCUGCCCGAAAGCGCAACGGAUGGCUCUUCGGUGCCGACUAGCACUAUGGAUUCCAAUGGCGAGAGAGCCCUGCGGCCUAUCCAACACAAUUUAGACCACUCAGCCCCCCCACUGGGGCAUGCAGAGCAUCCGCCUAGGCAAGACACGCGUCUCCCGUCGCGAGUUCGGCGCGCAGAUUAUGUGCCGCCCGAUCCUUAUUUCUCCAAGGUGCAAGAACGGCGACAAAAGGUUUCGCUACUCGUCAGCAUAUGGAUCUUCAUUGCUGGGCUAUACGGAAGAGCGCACAUGUAUCAGGAUGCGAAAGAGGCCGUGGCGGAAGCGUUCAAGUUGGUCGAGACGUUUGAAGCAGAGGUUUCUGCAGAGUCGACGACAGCCAAGGCACUUGCAGACAAAGGGUGGGGUGGUGGCAAGAGCGUGGAAGAACUGUGGGGUGAUGCAUACGCUGCGCGUGGAGAACUCCUGGUUGCACAAUCGCUUGCACACGAAGGCCGGGCAGAUUUUGAGCGAGCUCUUCAGCAUUUUCCCGAUCAUCCAGAGGGUAUCGUUGGCCUGGCAAACCUACUUUUAGACAUGUAUAACGAAACGCUGGCGCUGGAGCCUGCGGAUGGUGCCGACGCGCUGUCUCCAUGUCUCCCGUCGUCGGCCUCGUCUAUCCAAGCAAGCCCGUCGAUUUCGCAGUCACAAUACCUUAGUUCACACAGGCCUGGGGCCGGGAACCAGCUGUUGCCACCCCAGCUGACUCGGCUCGCGGCGCGCGAUCGGGCAUUUGGGCUACUGUCGAAUCUGACCAAGCUUGGUAGUGGUUGGGAUUACUCGGAGGCUUGGUACGCAUUGGCUAGAGCUUAUGAGGAGAGCGGACAAGUGGAGAAGACAAAGGAGGUGCUUUGGUGGUGUGUGGAGCUAGAGGACACGCAUCCUGUGCGCCAGUGGAAGACGGUAAGCAGUGGGGGGUUCGUGCUAUAAUGUUUAAACGGUAGCAGUGGUUGGCCUUGACAAGAC